AAAUUUUGAUAGAACUAAGAGGCAAAAAAAAUCAGCUUUAAAAUUGGCAAGUAAGGGUUCUUCUAGUAUUACUAAGUACUUUACAUCUACUACUUUAUCAAAUAAUCAAAUUAAUACUAUAGCCAAUGAUUUAAUUAGUCUUGAAGAAAUAAUAGAAAGAAAAGGUUUUAAUUUAGCAUUAGAAGAAUUAAAUAUAUUAAUUAAAGAUAAAUCAUUGAUUUCUCAAGUCAAAAAUUGA